AUGGAAGGAACGACUAGUAAUCAAGCUGGUUUCGAUCCAAGCCAUGUGGCACAAAUGGAAGAAGCAGCAAAUAUACUUAUGUCACCGAAUAUUUCGCAUGAUGCUCGAAAAGCUGCUGAAGAAUUUUUUAUCAAUAUUCGUAACGGGAAAUUUUCUCCAGAAUAUUGUCGUCUAGUCAUUGAAGCAACAUCCAAUGAAUUUGUCACUUUUGAAAUGGUUCAACUUUUAGUUAUGAAUCUUUUCAAACAGUGGUCCAUUUUGGAACCACAGAUUUUUAAGCAAUGCUUCGAAUAUUUUUUAGAAAAUACCGUCCAUAAAUUCAGGGCUUCAAAGUUGAUUCGAACCGAAAUGCUAAGGGCAUGUGCGAAGUUAUUAAAACGAUCUAUUUUUGAUGAUAAAGCGUGUGAUGCCGAUACACUGGACCAAACUGUUCAUUUCCUGUUGACUAACGAAGAUCCACAACUUCAAGCGAUUGCGUGUGAGUUCAUCGAAGCAAUUGCCAGUGAAUUUGCAACAUCGUGGAGGACGUCCAAUCUCGGCAUCAGUUUUGAUUUCCAUGUCAGGGCCAGGCGUUCGUUCGAGAAUGGAGGCUUACAGCGACUAUUCGAAAAGUGUAUACGUACUUUUUCUGAACUUCUGUUCACUGCUGAUCUCUCAUUACCAUAUUAUGUGAGUAUAUGCGAAAAUUUUCUUCGAGUAGCUGACUUAGUUCUUUCCUGGAAUUUCGAGAUUCAUCGUUUUCCGGUUCGAAUCACUUUUGCAAAUGAAGGAGCACCCGCUGCAGCACUACGUCCUCCUGAAUCAUGGAAAACAAUAUUUCAGUCGGAUGAAUUUUUGCGCCUUUUCUUUGAAGUACACAAGCGAGUCCGUCACAGUGAAAUGCUUUGUAUACACUCAAUGAAUUGCCUUAUUCAGUUAUCUUCAUUGAUGGGACCUGUUCUAACUGAUAGUGAAUCAGUUACCACCCAAAAAUUAUCUUCAUCCAAUGCUUCAAAUUUUGCUAAUGCUCAUGAUCGAUAUGUAUCAAAUUUCAUCGCUGGUUUUGUGGAUAUUUUUGGAAGUGGCCCAUUGGAAGGAGAGAUACUCGGCCUUUGCUUAAUUGUGCAUAAGUUGCUGACAUAUCAUCGAAUUCUUUCUUUUCCUCGAGCCGAAAUGUCAUUUGUAACAUUUGUAAACAUUGUCGUACAGUGUGCGGAGCAUCUGACUGCGGUUGCUAUGCAGAAAGCUUUGGAAGAAGAUGAUCAUGUUUACCUUGAGAGUUUGCAAAGUUUAUACGAUGGUUGGUGGGUGAUGCUUCGCAACAGCGAUAUUAUCCGAAAUACUUCCCGUUAUCCUGUCAAUUUUGAAGAAUCAACCUUAACGAUCAUUUCAGCAUUUAUGCGAGCCGUUCUGUCGGAACCGUAUGGUUGUCGCGUAAAGGUUCCAGUCCAAGAAUGUGACGAUGAAAUUGAUGAUGAUCGUGAAAUAUUCAAAGAAUUGUUGAACUCUAUCGGUCACUUUUCUGCUUUUUAUUCCUCCCAAAUGUUACCCCGGAUGUUUACAGUUCUUUUUGACAAGUUGAAGCAGUUUUUGUCCUUUAUCGAAAUGGGUGUAGGCGAUGAAACAUUGAAUACGUGGCGCGAGGAUAUGCAUUGGACUCUGCUGCUAACUGGCUUUAUGUUAACAUCGAGUGAUGACGAUGGUAGUUCACAUUUGCAAAGCGAUAUCUUGGAGCAUUUUGAAAAUGAUUCAUAUGGUAACGUUGUAGAUAUCGAUUCUUCUGUACCAUAUAUCAAAGCUUGCAUUGAUUCACCAAAUACGAUUACUGAUCCUGCACGAGUAGAUCCUAUUACAAAACUAAUAGGUGCUGUUUUGGCUUGGUGUUCCAUCGAACAUAAACUAUUGAUGGAUCGUGGUGCAGAAGCAAUUAGUCCAGAACUAGCACGUUCGUCACUAUGGUGUAUGGGACGUUUGAUAUGCUCUUUAGGUUUUCACUCUAUGAAUCCUGAGGACAGUGAGAGAUUGGCAGCUGUAAUAGAAAGUGUUUUGCAAACUAUGGUCGACUUUGCUUUGCAGAAAUCUUUCGGCAUAAUAAACAAUCUUUCAGGAGAACGCAAGCUGUGUAUGGAUGCUGUGGAAGUGUUUGUUGGCUUGGUGCGUACCGGGUGUAGUGAAGCGGCAAAAAGUCCUCUCCUUUUUCCAUGUCUUUCACUGGUGCAAAUUGAGCGAUUACCAGCUCGUCAUUCGUUCAUCAAAGUCUUAGUGCAAAUUGGUGCCAUGGCCAAUGAUGAAAAUAUAACGAAAACUUUAUAUGAAAUGGUAUUGCAACCACUUCGUGAAAGAUUUACGUUACUGUCUAGGGAACAAACAAGUCGAGAAACAGAUCUCGUUGACUUAAUGGAUUGUUUCGGUGGUCUGGCUGAAGCUGCUCAUAAUUAUAACACUCAUUUCUUAUUUGAAUAUUUAUCACCAGUUUUGACAUGUUCAAUUGGUUUAUUAUCGUCACACAAAGAAUCUCAGCUUCUUACCAAUGCAAUUCUGGAUCUGUUCAACAAUGUCACAAGACGUAUGGGUGUCUACAGUGAGGAUCGUAAUGAUAUGAUUUUCCUCUAUGAGGCAUUGCUAGAACUUAUUAGGGUGUAUCGGGAUGGGCAGUUUACACGGUACAAAGUAAUUAACGUUGAUGUUGAAGAGAAGGCAUCCGAUUUAAUUAUACUAUUGGAUAUUCUUGCCAAUGUUUUGAGCAAAGAUGUUCUAUCAGUCAUUCCUUCAUCUUCAUCUUCAUCUGAUACAAUGGAAUUUACAAAAAGUGGCUCUCGCGUUGCACUAAUUUCUUUGGAGAUGUUGUUGCCUAUUAUGGAAGACGAUCUGCUCAAAUUACCUUCAUUAUGUCGGAAAUUUUAUCGCUUCAUCUUAUACUUCACUGAAAUGACACCACAAUCUCUUGAAAGUUUACCGGAGGCAUUAUUUAUUUCAAUUAUUGAAUGUCUUCGACAUGGCUUGAAGUCAGAUUUUGGGCAAGAGAUUUCGUUGAUUUCUGCUGAAACAGUAACCGAAGUAGCCUCGUAUUUUGCUCGAAAUACACCGAAGAAUGAAACAGCUAUUGCACGUCUCGUUGUCCUUCUUGAACCUACUUUUGGAAUGUGUCUAAGUUGCUCCUGGCAGGUAGAUUUGCAAAAUGCUUCCGCAACAGCCCUCUUCUCCUUAAUCUGUUGCAAUCAGGUUGCUUUCGAAGAAUACGUCAAACAAUUGCUUUCUCGUGAUGAAAAUCGCCCUUAUCAUGCAGCUCUCCAGUCAGCAUUUCAAGCUUUAUUGCCAGCGAAUUUAGAGUUUCGCUUAGGCCGACGGGGGAAACUUGAAUUUCGUGAUCGUUUGGAGCAAUUUCUGAACCAAGCGCAAGGUUUGCUUGUUGUUGAAUAAAACUUGUGAAUAAAUACUUUAAUUUUGCUGAACAUUACUUGUCCUGUGAAUUGGGCUGUAUAUUAAUUGAGAUGAUUCUAUCAUAUCUAGAUUUCUUUUUCUUGCUGAUAGCUUCUCUGCCGAGUUACCUAUCUACUGUCCAGAUGUCUAAAAGAAACUUCCAGUGCCAGGUAAUACGGCUUAAUUCCUCCUGAAACUUUUGUUCUAUGAAUGUUGUUGAAUAAAUAAAUGCUGUACUAAACGG